AUGGAAUACAUGGCUGAGGCAUUACGAAAUAAGACAGUGAAACUCACCAUACUAGAUCUUACAUGGAACCGUAUCGGUGACGUAGGGGCACAGCAUCUAGCUGAUACAUUACGAACUAACGCAACUCUCACUACACUAGAUCUUACACGAAAUCGAAUAAAGAACGAAGGAAUACGGCAUCUCACUGAUGCAUUACUACAUAAUACAACGCUCACCACAUUAAAUCUUUGUGAUAAUACAAUAGAUACUCGUGAAGUUCACUACCUGACACUCACUACACUCAAUCUUGGAUGGAAUAAAAUCGGUACUCUUGGAGCAGGACAUUUGGCUGUUGCAUUACAAAAUAACACGGCACUGACUACACUCGAUCUUGGAAAUAAUGAAAUCGGAACUAUUGGAGCAGAACAUUUGGCUCGUGCAUUACAAAAUAACACGACACUUACUACUCUAGAUUUGUCUUCCAAUCAAAUUAGAGAUCAAGGUGCUCAAUAUAUAGCUGAUGCAUUACGAAAAAAUUCAAAAGUCACCACACUUGACUUGAGUUCCAAUCAAAUACAAACUAUGGGUGUUCAACAUCUAGUUGAUGCAUUACGAAUUAACACAACUCUCAUUACCCUAUAUCUCUCAUUAAACCCAAUCGGAGACGAAGGAGCGCAACAUCUCGCUAACGCGUUACGAAGUAAUACAACACUCAUGUCACUCCGUCUUUGGGACAAUGAAAUCGGAGACGAUGGAGCAAAGUUUCUUGUCAAUGGGUUAGAAAAUAACAAGACACUUACUACAUUAGAUCUCUCUUUCAAAGAAAUGGGAAAAAGGCGACAACAGUACAUGGCUGAUAUAUUUAAAUAUACUGGAGUAAUCUCUAUUUUAUUCUUAUCUCUCUAA